CGGGGCGGCCCGGCCGGUCCCGUGACCGCGGGAGCUGAGGGAGCGAUGGGGCUGCUCCGGGCUGCGACCGCGCUGUCCGCGCUGCUGCUGGCCGCAGGUGUAGUUCUGAGGCAGCCCCAGGAGCCCAAAGAGGUGUGGGGAUAUGUGGAGGUUCGGAACAAGGCCCACAUGUUCUGGUGGCUCUACUAUGCAAAUAACCCCACCAAAGACUUCACAGAGCUACCUCUUGUCUUGUGGCUUCAGGGAGGUCCAGGAUCUUCAGGCUGUGGAUAUGGGAACUUUGAAGAGAUUGGUCCAUUAGACAAAGAAAUGAAACCAAGAAAUACAACCUGGUUGCAGGCAGCCAGUAUCUUGUUUGUGGAUAAUCCUGUGGGCACUGGGUUCAGUUAUGUGGAUGAUUGUAGCUUGUUUGCCCAAAACCUUACCACAGUGGUUUCUGAUAUGAUGGUUUUUCUUGGAGAAUUCUUCAAGUGUAGAACAGAAUUCCAGACCAUCCCAUUCUACAUAUUUUCUGAAUCUUAUGGAGGUAAAAUGGCUGCUGGGGUUGCUUUAGAGCUGCACAAGGCUGUUCAAAAAGGGACCAUAAAGUGCAAUUUUAUGGGGACUGCUCUUGGGGACUCCUGGAUUUCUCCUUUGGACUCUGUGCUGUCCUGGGGACCCUACCUUUACAGCACUUCUCUCCUUGAUGAUAAUGGUCUAGCAGAGGUGACUGCUGUUGCCAAAGAAAUAAUGGAUGCAAUAAAUAAAAAUCAAUAUGGGCUGGCUACUGAGCUCUGGGGCAAGGCUGAAGGUGUCAUUGAAGAGAACACAGACAAUGUGAACUUUUAUAACAUCUUGACUAAGGAAGUACCAGAAGUGAAAUCAGAUGAACAGGAAAAUUUCCAUCUCAUGCGGCUUUACCAGCGGCACGUCAGAAAAAUGCACCAGAGCAGCCUUGAUGAGCUGAUGAAUGGGCCCAUCAGAAAGAAGCUGAUGAUCAUUCCUGACUGUGUGAAGUGGGGAGGUCAGUCCAGACAGGUCUUUGAGAACAUGGCUGAGGACUUCAUGAAACCUGUCAUCGAUAUUGUUGAUCAGCUUUUGGCAGCCAAUAUCAGUGUGACAGUCUAUAAUGGGCAACUGGACCUCAUUGUUGACACCAUGGGGCAGGAGGCAUGGAUCCGGAAACUGCAGUGGCCUGACUUGGAGCAGUUCAGCCAGAAAAGGUGGAAGGCACUGUAUGUGUCUCCAGAAUCUGCUGAGACAGCUGCUUUCCACAAGGCCUAUAAGAACUUUGCUUUCUUCUGGAUUCUCAAGGCUGGGCACAUGGUACCAGCUGACCAAGGAGAGAUGGCACUCAAAAUGCUCAGGAUGGUGACUCAGCAGCAGCACUAGGGAAGGGAGGACACCUGGUCUGACUUCCUGUCCAGCAGCAGGGCUCUGGAGGAGUGUGAAUCUGGAUCCUGAGCCAAAGGAGGCACAGUGGCUGUUUGGGCACACAGCCUCCCUCAUCUUGCUGAUACUGUGCACAAGUGCUUGUGGAAAGGCGUUUUUUUCCUUGAAUGAAUUAUUGCUUUUGAACUUUUUAAGCUGUGAUUUGCUGCCUUAACACUUCAUAAAUGACUCUUCCAGAGGGAAGUCCCCUGUCAUAAAGAACAAGCCCUGAACCUUUGCCUUGGAAGGAUUUUGUGCUCUUGCCCUUCUCUGAAUGCUCCCUUGUCUGUUUGCACACCAAGAGUAAAACUGAUUUGACUUCAUUUGCUCUGUGUUCCUUUGGGAGAGCUUCAUGAGGUUGUGGAAUGUUCCUUCCUUUGUCCUCAGGCUUGAGUCACCUGGCUGGAUUCAAGAUGAAGACCUGGAAAUUCCAGGACAGAGGACCUGCCCUAGAGGUCACAGUCCAUCUCAUCUUGCUGAGGUGCCUGAAUUAGGAUCCAGGAUUCUUCAGACUUCCUGUGCUCUGGAGACAGAAAAACAUCCCACAGAGGAGGAUUUGUCCCUUUUCAUCUGACCAUUUGUUUCUUGUUUCCAUUCUUCUUAAUGCCUACUACUCAAACGUUGCCUUUAUCCUUCACACCUAAAGCACAUCCAGCAGGCAUUCCUGCUUUUCUGUAUCCUGAAGCAGAAGGCCUGUUAAUACCCUCUUGUACCAAAGAGUCCCAACAGACAGAAGCUUCUUAAAACCUUCUGGGUUUAGCCAGAAAGAAAGGAGCAUUAUUUAAGCAAUAACAGUAUAAUUCUGAAAUAUUAUAGGGGUGUUAAAAAGAAGGAUAUACAAAAUCUUAAUCCACGUCUUGGAGAGAAGUCUUGCAGACACCUAUUAUUUUGAAACAUUUAUUUUUAAUAAUACAUAGUCAAGAAGAGACUUGGUCAGGCACAACAGCUCCUUCCAGCUCUCAGAAUCCUAAAUAAAUAACAACCUCUCAUUUACUCCAGCCACUGAAACUGUCAUGAAAUAGCUGAUAGCAUUGUCUUAGCAAGAACUGAGGCACUGUCCUGAUUUAGUGCAAAUUUGUGACCCCAAAAGGGUUCCCUCUAGAAAGCAGAUUCAAGCUCUUCCCUCUACUGGUUUGGGAAAAGAUUUCCUUGGAGAAAAGUGGGGAAGCAGCAGGGAGGUUUCUGGAAUGUACCAAGAAGAGAGGUUUGGCCCCAGGGCAUCUGGAGGACUGUGGGAUGUGGAAGAGGAACAAAGCUCGUCCAUUCACCGCGGCUUUACGUUUUAUUCCCCCUGCCAGCCUCGGCAGCUGGGUGCCUUGGGUUGGUGGCAGACGUGCAGUGGAGUGAGCGGCCACUCGGUGGAGUAAGGAGACCUCGGAAUGCCAGGGGAACGCUGGCAUUGGCAUCUGGCUGUCCCUGGUGCUGUCCUAGGAACACCAGGGAAUAUUCGUUUGACCCUAUGAAUUGCCAGUGGAAUCGGCUUUAUGGGAACCUCCGCAGAGGAUUGUUUAUUUUAGCCCUAACUUCGGGAGAACAGGUAGUUGUGUAGUAUGUGUGCUGUAAGAAGCAAGGCAUUAAUGUGAUUGAAUUGAGUGCAGUUGCUCUCUAGCUGGGCUCAUCUGAGGGUUUUGCUCAUGCCUAAUUCAUAAUCGGGAAAGAAUGCUGUUGAAAUCAAGCAAGAGCAUUCAUUCUGUGUAAAUUAAUCCAGUAAAAGUUUUACAAGGUGAGGUCCUAUAGUAUUAAGAAAAUUUCAAAGGAAGAUCCUUGCUUGUAGAAACAUUUCUCCAAAAUGUUUAAAUUUUGUUCUUGCUGUUUAACAUUUUAUAAUAGAAAAAUAGAUUAGAGGAAAGGCAGUAAAAAAAUAAAGUAUUUUGUUUCUGUUCCAAACUUAAUUAAGCUAGUCUGAGAAAAUGCCAUUACCUCUUAAGUAAUAUCUUUAAGUUCUCAAGGGCAAGGGUGUUAAUAAGCUGAUUAUUUCUGCUUGUUACCUGUUUGUGACAUUGAAAGAGAAUGUCCAGUUGAUAAAGUACAUCUGUUAUCUGUGGUUAACCAGAGCAGUCAAUGGGAAACAGGA